AUGGCUGCUGGUCAAGAGAUGGAUGCUACUAAGGAGGUGCCCGUUGUUGGCACUGAGGGAGAUAAUGCUGCUGCUGCUGCUGACAUUGAUCUCAACCUUGAGGAUUUCGUGGUUGACAUGGAGAUCAAUGGAAGUGAAGCUGACCUUGAGGCUGAUGCUGAAAAUGAGGAAGAGGCUGGCUCUGAUGAUGGUGUUUCCAAUGAAACUGAGAACAUUGCUGUCAAGCUCCAGACUCAACUCACGGAGCAGAAUAUUCUCAUUGGAGUGCAACAGUGUCGUAUCCAGAACUUGGAGGCUGAUUCUGUUAAGCUUCAGGCCUUGAUUGAGCAGCUGACCAGGGAGGUGCAGUUGAUCCCUAAGGAAAACGACACCUCCAGCCUCAUUCAGGACCUGCACAACACUCUUCAGUUCGUGCAGGAUCAGCUCAAGAAGCAGGAGAAAAGCAUCUCUGUGCUUCAGACCCAGUACAGGGAGAUCCGGCGUGGAAACCUCUACCAGCCUGCUCCUGCAGCAGAGCGAGUCGCCAACGCCGCUAACAGCCGUGCUGCACCUGCUGAUGCACCUCCUGCUGUUCCUCCUCCUACUGGAGCACGUGCUGAGCCUCCUACUGCAGCAGCAACUGCCUUUGGCUCCUGCCCUUCGGCCCUGCCUCGUUUUGUCCAUGGCAAGACCGACGUCGAGACUUGGCUCUCCAUUGCGGAGGACUUUAUGUCCAUCCACAAUGUGCGUAGCGAGGCUCGUGUGGUCGCUGCAACCCUUGCCCUGGACGACACUGCGAGCAAGUUGGUCCGCCUGGAGAACAUCCAGUGCGGUGACCAGCCUGUACGCGAGUACGCCAAGGAGUUUGAGAAAACUCUGUCGCUGCUGAAGACUGCUCUUCCUGAGAGCGAGGUCAUCCACCAGUUCUUCAAGGGUCUCCCUGAGCACAUCAAGCGUGUGCAUGUUGUGCGCGGGGAGCACCAGUGGAGGACCUACAAGGAGUGCAAGGAGCAGGUCAUUGACACGGAUGUGAAUUUCCGUGCGUACAUGACUCACGCUCGUGCUCAGCAGCAGCCUAGUGCCGAAGGCCCUAGGGGGGGUGGUAACAGGACUCAGACACACAGGGGCAGUGGCUCUUGGAAGAGGCCCUAUCAGCAGAAGGGGGAAUCCUCUGGGACUCAGUCCAAGAGGGCCCAUGCUGGGCCUGCCAAGGAUCCUCAGGAUGAGGAUAAGUCCCCGGCAGGCUGCCGCAUCUGUGGCAAGCUCGGGCACAAGUCCUAUCACUGCCGUUGGAGGAAGUCCGUCAAGAACUCCGGCAAGCCCAACCAGGGCAAGAAGCCGGAUGGUUCUGGCCCUUCGGGCCCGAAGGAUUUUCCGAAGUCCAACUAG